CAGUCGUGUGGAAGUGAAAACGAGAAGAAGCAAAAAAAAUCACACAAAAAAGAAGCAGCCGACUAGCCAAAGGCCAUAAAGUGUUAAAUACACUUUCCAUAAUUAGCCCACAAAGUGCUCCCAAUAUCUGUGGCCUUGAGUGUUUGAAAUUUUUGGAGUUUCCAUUGCACUUUUACGCACUUGCAGCUCAAGAUUUAAUGAUUAUAUAAUUCUAGUGAUUAUAUAAGCCCCAUAAUUGGACAAGAUUUCGCCGACGAGUCAAAGUUUCAGUCAACAGCAGUGGAAAAGUGGAAAAGCAAACGCUAUUCAGAUUGUGUGCUGAAAAAGCCGGCAAAAUACAAAUAAUAUUUUUGCACGGGCGAAAUUUUGACAGGCAAACAACAACAACUACUAGGAAAAGAGCAACUAAAAGUUCCGCAGGCAAAGAGAGCCAAGGAAAAUAGCUGAGAAAAUAGAAAAGCGGAAAAUAGGAAAAGUGAACAAACGGAGGAAGCAAGAGCGCCGCCAGCGCGAGUGCGAAUUUAUAAAUAAAACCAGCGGAUAGGAAGAGAGAUCCGGCGUCUCUUUGAAGAGCACGAGCGGGUAAACAAAAAAAGCGAUGCCGGAGCCAUUGGGACUGGUCUGGUCGGUGCCGGAGACGCGGAAGAGGGCGCCCGUUAUCAAGGUAUCCUGCGGCAUUGGCGACACCGAUGGCUUUCCCGCCUUCGACAUCGACUCGGAUGCGUAUGCCUCCAAGGAUGACACCAGAUGGGGUUUCCUUAUCACCGGUGGCGCUGAGUUCCAUAUGCCGUUAACAGUCUUCCAGGUGACCCCCGACGGUCUGGCCGACAAAGCGGGCAUUCGCCUGGGCGACAUCAUACUCGAGAUAAACGAGGAGGACGCCACGCAGCUGACUCUGUCCCAGGCCCACGAGAAAAUCAACGCAACGCCCAAGAAGAUACAUUUCCUGCUGCGCAACAUGGAGGAGGACGAUCCCAUGGGACAGUUCGAGGCCGGCGAGGAGAAGUCGAUUGUCAUGCGGAUUCCCAAGCCUUUGCCGCCGCCAAGUGGACGGAUUCGGGCCAGCUCCAUCGAGAUGCGCCUGCUGGAGAUGCAACGAAAGCUGUCGGCCAUUGCCGAAAUACCCAAAAUCCUGACCUCCACUUUGGCCACCGUCUCGCAGAGCUUUGGCCGGAUGAGCAAGUCGGAGGAGGAUGCAGAGGACACCUAUGUGCAGCGUAAAUUCUCCUACGACGAGGAUGCCCUUGACUUCGAGCUGAGGAAUGAUGGGGAACAGCCAGGUGACACUGACAGUGAUGAGGAUGAUUUGGUGCAGGUCGAAGAAGAUGAGGAUGAGGAUGAGGAGGAUUCAGCUGCCGCUGAAGGUGUCAAGCAAUCAAAGCUGCUGAAGGAUGUCACGCCGGAAUCGGAUUAUGCAUCGGAAGCCAAUUAUCCCUCAAAUGAGGCAAGCGAUGACACGGCAACCGAGGAUGAGCUGGAGGAGGCUGGCGACGCGGUGUACUUCAUAAAACUGCCAGAGGCGCUUCCCUCCGAGGACGAGGACGAGGAGAGCGACAAUGAAAGCGAUUUCUUAAACACCACCUACACCUGGAAUCUGCGCAAUGUGCCGAAGGUGCGCAUUAACGAUGCCGAGGCCGAUGGCGAACUGACACUGGGCCACCAAAAGAAGGAGCUGCCGGAGCUGGAGCAGGAGCAAAGUGAAGAGAAUAAGGAGGCACACCUGGAGCCGGAACAAUCAAAGGUGCGCCCUGCCACGCCCACACCGCAGGCCCCAAACCAGGACUCCGCCGAGGGACAGACACAAAAGUUGCUCUUCAGGCUGGAUAAACUGGAGCGAUCUUGGCCCUGGGCGGACCGCGAGAAAAUCAUCUACAAGCAAUCCACGUGUCAUCUGGUUCCCCGCAAGCCACUGGGAUUGGUGGGACAGCGAAUGCAGCUGCUGCUCAAGGACAGAAAGGAGUAAACCAGCGAAGGAGAGCCACGUUAAACAGUUCCUGCCAGUAGCUUAAGUCUAACCUCAGUGGGCUAGGAGUGACGAAGUAUCCAACUUUUAAUUGAGUUCAUUAUGCAAAUACACAGGCGACAACAGCAGCCUCAACUCUGGCAGCACUUCAAUUAAAAGCCGCACACCAGGGCGUAUGCGAAACUCUAUUCAAACACCCUUCACACCCACACACACACACACACACACCCUUCUCGCUUUGGUAAAAUUUUUAAUUAAAGUGCACUCUCGAAUGCCAAACAAAAAAAUCACUGCCAAGCCAGGCCACCCGUAACCAGAGUCAAAAUCAAGACGAAAUCCAAAACCAAAAGUAGACCAACUUGGCCAAGAGUCCCCUGAGCUCCAAACGCCACUUGCAACUUGGCCAGGUUAUGCAUUAUUUGUGACCUACCGCACCAUAAAUUUCAGUUGAAGGCCAACGCAAUGCACUUAUCCCCUCAGAACCAGGAUGUGCGAGUCACGCAAAAUACCAGCACGGGCCAUGACGAUGGCAGAAAACCAUUUCUUUAAACCCUAACCACAUUUUUAUAGCUUUUUGUACACGUUAAAAGAAGGUAGCGCUUCAUUAUUAGUAAAGACUUGAUGAAUAUCCGUUUUUCUUAUUAAUAUUUUCGAUUUUAAAAAUAAAUUUUGAUAUUGUUGGCUUGUUUUUAUGAUCAACCAAGUUCCUCUUAGAAAUUCUACUGACAUUUGUCGUUUGGCUAAGUUAUCAUUUGUACAAGAAAGAAAGAAAUUCAAGUAGUAAUUACAACUUUUAAGUUAAAAGUGAACACAGA